AUGGAAGACAUUGUAGGUGACAGCACACCCUUGGCCAUGAGAACAAUGGAAGAUGAGAACGAAGUGACAGCCAUGUGCAUCCACUCUCUGCUAGAGGUUGACUUCCCAGAACGGUUGCAUUCACCACUUCAUGGUGGGCAGCUUUGGAGACAAAAAAGUCGUACAACGAAGGUGCUGGUAGUGACUGCAAAGCAAAGCAAAAUGGAAGAUGGCUGCCUCCAAGUUGCUGUGUUUUCAAAAGGAUUUUGCUCCAUGAAUGGCACCACACUGCCUGUGGUUAGAGCCAUAGAUUAUGAUGAUGAUGAUGACAACGAUGCCAGGAAAGCAAAGGAUGCAGGUUUACGGAGAGAGAGAUUGAUGACCUCAUCAAACAAUUCAGGGCUCUAUGUAACCCAGCCAAUGAGAAGACUUACUGUAGAAGAAUAUGCAAAGGUCUUUAAGUCCUUCUUAAACCAUUCAACUGAGCAUCAAUGCAUGGAACAAUUCAACAAGGAGGCACUACCAAGUAUAGCAGCCAGUCUAGGGAAUGGAAAAUCUUCUAUCAGCGUGCUAGGUGUCGGGAGUGGCACAGGUGAGCAGGACUUGAAAAUGAUUAAGAUUAUUCAGGCUCAGCACCCAGGAGUCUUUAUAAAAAAUGAAGUCAUAGAGCCCAACCCACAACACAUUUUGGCAUACAAAGGUGCUGUUAGGAAUUCUUCUGAUCUUAAGAAUGUCUCAUUUACUUGGCAUCAGUUGACAUCCAUGGAGUAUGAGAAGCAGGCAAAAGAGCAGAACAUGCAAAAGAAAUAUGACUUCAUACACCUGAUUCAGAUGCUGUACCGGGUAGAGGAUAUCACGAGCACGAUCAGGUUUUUCCACCACUGCCUAGAUAGCUACGCUAAACUUCUGAUUAUCAUUUUAUCAGGCCGCAGUGGGUGGGCCUCCCUCUGGAAGAAAUACCGACAUUGUCUUCCUCCAACUGACAGUGGCCAUUACAUCACAGCUGAUGACAUCAAAGCCACCUUGGAGGGGUUGGGAUUGACAUACCAGGUCUACGAGUUCCCUUCUGCUUGGGAUAUCACCGAAUGCUUUACCGAUGGAGAUGCCGUUGGAGGUCAUAUGCUGGACUUCCUAACAGGAACUAAAGACUUUAUGAACACCGCACCUGAUGGCCUCAAGCAGAGUCUUUGGCAAGCUUUGAGCCAGCCAGAAUGCAGUACCAAGAAGGAUGGAAGGAUUCUUUUCAGAAAUGACUUGACCAUGAUUGUAGUAGAUUCGUAAUACUGGUAGAAACCACAAAUACUAUUUUAGUUUAUGUCGGGAUAGAUAUCAGACCACCAGAUCUACAGGAAAUCAGUUCUCUGUUGAAAAGGGAAUUUGUUUUGUGCUGGAGA